AUGGCACCUGCAAGGCAGAAACAAACAGCCCGCAUGUACGCGGGAACACCGAUCAUCAAGCCGACGAAGAAGGAGGAGAAGGCGCCCAAGCGAGCCCUCUCUGCAUACAUGCUUUGGCUUGCCGAAAACCGCCCUCGCCUCACCAAGCCUGGAAUGUCCGUUACUGCUGUGGCUAAGGCUGCCGGAGCUGAAUGGAAAAAUGUCAAAGAUCGUUCAAAGUGGGAGAAACAAGCCAGCGCUGACAAAGAGCGAUAUUCGAAGGAAAUGGAAGUUCACAAGGCCUCAAAA